CCGCCCCCCGCUCCCCGCUCCCCGCCCCCCGCUCCGGGGCCGGCGGCAGGUCGGCGGCAGGUCCUGGGGCGCAGCUGACGCGACUGGCCUAGAUAGACGUUGGUGCAGCCGCUGCCGCUUUUUACUCUUUGACUUUCCGUGCACGGGACGUGGCUGAGCAGGGCUUGGGCACAGCCCCGUACGGACACUUCCCAGGCCUGCUUGACGGGCACGACCCAGGAAGUCAGAAAGGAAAGAAAAAGAAAAAGAAAAGCCUGGUAGCUCUUGCUCACUACAGGAGGGGAGGAGGAGCGUGAGAGGCGCCGGGGAUCCCCCCACCCCCAAAGGUACGUUCACCAGCAAGACGCAUCUUCCUCCUCUGGCUUCAUGACUCUGCGACACCAGCGCUCUUUACUCCAGCCUGUGUGGGAUUCGCGACUACCAGGGUGGGAACGGUGACAAAUGACUCAGUGUGAUCCUCGGGAGUAUUGGAGUCAGCGUGAGGUCCCUGGGGCUAGACGGUCACAGCUGCCCGGCCAGUGCUGGGGACUGACCACCCUCCAGUGCGGCUCGUUCCUCGCCCCAACAUGCUACAAGGUACCCGUCACCUCCUCCAACCGGAGCCCGACCCACCCAGGCCAACCUCGUCAGGACCCAGGACCCCAGGCCCCAGGCACGUCAGGACCCCACCAGGACAAAGGCAGCGGUCAGCACCCCGUGGGCACCUGUCGCCUGCCCGUUCCAGCCACCCACACGCAGCCAGGCAGCAGGACACAUGAGCAACGUUCAGAAGCCCGGAGCUGAACCAGAACAUCAGAACAUCCGGCUCGGGAAUGAUCUGGAUGCAGCCACACCGGACGCUGUUUGCAUUUGCAGGCAGAUCAGGUGAACUUCCAGUACAGUCGUGCACCCCCGCGCGAGUGGGGAGCCAGAUGAAGUGACCGGGACACAGCGCGAGUGGGUCCUCUGCGGCCGACGACAUGGACCAGCCGUUCACCGUGGCCUCCCUGAGGAGGCUGGCGGCCCUGCCCGACCACACGGACGUGUCGCUGAGCCCAGAGGAGCGCGUCCGCGCCCUGAGCAAGCUCGGGGCCAACAUCGCCAUCACGGAGGACAUCGCCCCGCGCCGCUACUUCCGGUCCGGGGUGGAGAUGGAGAGGAUGGCGUCUGUGUACCUGGAGGAGGGGAACCUGGAAAACGCCUUUGUCCUGUACAAUAAAUUCAUAACCUUGUUCGUGGAAAAGCUUCCCAGCCAUCGAGAUUACCAGCAAUGUGCGGUCCCCGAGAAGCAGGAUAUUAUGAAGAAACUGAAGGAGAUUGCAUUCCCGAGGACAGAUGAAUUGAAAAAGGACCUUUUAAAGAAAUAUAAUGUAGAGUACCAAGAAUAUUUGCAAAGCAAAAACAAGUAUAAGGCCGAAAUCCUGAAACAGCUGGAGCAUCAGAGCCUGAUCGAGGCCGAAAGGAAGCGGGUGGCCCGGAUGCGGCAGCAGCAGCUGGAGUCGGAGCAGUUCCUGUUCUUCGAGGACCAGCUCAAGAAGCAAGAAUUAGCUCGGGGCCAGAUGCGGAGCCAGGAAGGCCCGGCGCCGCCGGAGCAGAUCGACGGGGGCGCCGUGUCCUGCUUCUCCGCGCAGCGCGAAGAGUCCCUGCUCGGUGCCUUCGCAGACCUGCCCGCUCCCAGCCGCGCCGCCAGCUGUGCCGGCCACUCUCCGCCCGUGACCCGGGCCCUGAAGCCUGCCGCCACCCUGAGCGCCGUGCAGAACUUAGUGGUUGAAGGCCUGCGGCGUGUAGUUUUACCGAGAGACCUUUGCCACAAAUUUCUGCUGCUGGCGGAAUCUAAUACAGUGAGAGGAAUAGAAACCUGUGGAAUUCUCUGUGGAAAACUGAUGCACAAUGAAUUCACCAUCACGCAUGUGAUCGUGCCAAAGCAGUCUGCGGGGCCGGACUACUGCGAUGUGGAGAACGUGGAGGAACUAUUCGGCGUGCAGGACCAACACGGCCUCCUCACGCUGGGCUGGAUCCAUACGCAUCCUACGCAGACUGCCUUCUUGUCCAGCGUGGACCUGCACACCCACUGCUCCUACCAGCUCAUGCUGCCCGAGGCGAUUGCCGUCGUCUGCUCCCCGAAGCACAAGGACACUGGCAUUUUCAGGCUCACCAACGCCGGCAUGCUUGAGGUCUCCGCUUGUAAAAAGAAGGGCUUUCACCCACACACCAAGGACCCCAGGCUGUUCAGCGUCUGCAAACAUGUGUUGAUAAAAGACAUAAAAAUAACCAUGCUGGAUCUAAGGUGAUGUGUUCUGAAGACGAGCACCAUUGACGCCGGACACCGGUCCCUGGACCUGAGGUUGCGGGAUUUUCUUAAGACGUUUCCUGAAAUGACUGAUAUUUUAUAUUUAUACAUUUUAGAUCAGAACGUUUGAUAUUUAUUGUUCUUGCGCAUUUUGAAGUUUUUCCUUUCAGGUUGCUCUGUCUGCAGGGCGAUCACAGUGGUGUGAACUUCAGUAACUGUGAACGCGCCAAUUCCAUGACCACACAAUAAACGAUGCUGCAAACAGUGUG